UGAGGUUGUAUCAGAAAAGUCAACGAUAGAGUAUUUUAUGAAGCCGUUGUUCAAUUGUUUCAUACAGUUAAGUACCGCCUAUUGGUUUAGUCUCUAAUAGGAGAUUUUCCUGAUCGAACUGCCAGUACGAUAUUAAACCGCCGUUAAAUGUAACUCUUUGGAAGCUAGCAAGAGUUUUCUUUUAUGAUUUUUUUUAUUUGUUUUUAAUGACUUAGUUUUUGCUUUCUUUUUUAUUUAAAUGAACGUGGCUUGGAUUGGAUCGAUCCAGGUUCAGCUUCCAAUAAAUGGGCCGCGGGAAACCAAAGCCCAAUCAUAUUCCUCCCCUCCUACGACAAUCGAGCGUUCAAUAAUAACACUCGCAGUAUUGCCUUUCUUUUUCCCGCAAUAGCUUCUUUCUUUCUUUCAUCUGCCACCGCCGGUCAUCGAUCGAUCCCCGUAAUGGCAUCCACCGCCGCAAAUGCUACGGAGGAUCAGAAUCAACCGAACUGGCCGGAGCUCAAGUACGGGAACGGCGACUGCAAGCGCUGCCGGGAACUGGAUAAGCUGAAGCUGAAACCCAAGCCCGACGACCACGAUUACAUAUACCAGAGCGACGAUUUUGAGGGCGACGAAGAACUAAUGCUAAGGGUCAUCCAUUACCGGAGAACUUGCGAGCUCACCGGUAAUUUUAAUGUUGAUUGCCCUCCAUCACCAGAGUAUGCUUACAUCUACAAUCGAGAACACUAUUAUUUGAGUGAGGGGGAUUUAGACAAGAAAGUUAAGAGGGCGGUUAAAUUUGUGAUCGACGCAUAUAAUCAACAGAAGGGUCAGAACUUGAUUUUGCUCGGCAUUAAGAACGUAAAUAUCCAGCAACCCGGCUGUUAUUACGUAUUCUUCGUAACUUUUGAAAGCUUCAAUCAGUCUCAUUAUAAGUCAACCGACAACAGUUUUGUCCAAAUUUACCAAACAGUUAUAUCUUAUGCAUGUUGGCGUUGGCGCUCUCCUAACUAUACAAUUCAUAUUUUGAGGAAGAGUAACUCAAAGGGUAAAGACGAGGAUUUGUUACCACCCGAUUCCAGGUAUGAAGAACGCACAAGGGUAAAGAAAGAGUUGAUGUGGACGUUGGAUUGAAAAACCAGAGGUGAACCCGCUUCGUGAGCUAGCAGUUGAUUGUAAUCUUGUUUUGAAGUUUUUGAAGAACACAUUUCGAAAUGAGAUGUUUAUGUCUUUAGAAUAUCAAAACGCUUAAUUCGAUGCAUCCAACGAUUCCCUUACACAUUGAUGAGUUGAUGGUUUCAUCAUUAAUAAUUAAGCUAGUUAGAUAAUGAAUCUUACUAGUUCAAUAAGCUGAGCAAUGACAUCGUGGUUUGUUAUCUUCAUCAAUUGACACCUUCUGGUUUUUGGUUUCCAAUUUUUCAUGAACAUGUUGUUGAUACAGAAUCAUACUCAUGAACCAACCAGGUUUUGGCUGGCAUUUUUUAGGUUUAUUGAGUCAUUGACUAUAAGCAUUGAUUAAUACUAUUUGAUCGCCUGCAUGUAAUCAAAUGUUUUAGAUCACGUAGUAACAACAAACAAGUAAUAAAUAGUCGGUAUCACAAUAUGAUUAUAGGGUUGUCACAUAAUAGUCAAACUCCUUAUGAAGAAAACUCACUUACAACCAAUAUUUUUGAAACCGUACCCUAUCGUGAAUAUCAAAUAGCAGUUGUUACUCACCCUAUUCUAAAAUGUCUUUCAUUAUUAAAUCAUGAUUCUCAUGAAUUUGGUCUGAUUCGAACCGCUCCAUCGCACAACCUAGGUCCUAAAUAGAAUCACUCUUUACAGCUACGCUCUUCGCCUCUAACAAAAAUAUGUCGGAUAGGUAAAAGCUGUCAUGUCACCCUCAACCACGAUCCAUAAUCAAUUCUCUGAGCUCAAACAAAAGACAUAAAUAACAUAUCUAUACUUAAUAAAAAAAUUAGAUUGGUUUGAGAAGCAUUAUUGCUGUUUACACCAUAAAAGUUGUCUUGUACCACAUUGGUGAGUUACAAAAUAAUUAAUGAGUUUAUAAGGCCACCCCCAUUAUAACAAUUGAUGUUGUUUUAGUUGGGCCUUAUGGAUAUUGAUUUUAAGACCAAGCCACUAAGUCUAAAGAGGGACAUGCCGCCUCACCAAUAAGACCGAAGGAGUGAAAAUUUAACUAAGUCCGGAAGAGGCCAUGCCGCCUCAACGAAGAGGCCAUGCCGCCUCAUCAAAGAAGAACACGUCCAUCUAGAAUAAAGAAGCACAUGCUAUCUCAAGGAAGGCCCGGUAUGACAAAAAAUAUUCUAAGUAUGAGAAUAUAGGGCCAUGUGGAUGAUUAAGAGGUCCAUGGCCGUGUCAUAUGUGACGGUCAUGAACACGAGACAAGAGGACCUGGGCGCGUGAAAAAUACUAAGUAUGAGGAGGCCAAUGCCGUCCAACGGAAGGGGCCACAGACAUGAAUAAGAAGUCCAUGGUCGCGAAUAAAGAGGCAAUGCCGCCUCAUGAUCUAAAUCAAAUAACCGAAAAUAUUCUAAGUAUAGGGAAGGACUUGCUGCUUCAUGAGGGAGGCCAUGUUCAUGAUUGAGAGGUCCAUAGGUGCAAACAAGAGGCCAUGCCAUAUGAAAAUUCUGAGGGGCCAUGCCGCCUCACGAGAGGAGCCAUGGACACGAAGGAGAAUGACAUGGGGAUGAAAUAUUAUCACCAGAGACUAAGUCCCAAGAGGGCCAUGGACAUGAGUAAAGAAGUCCAUGACCG